AUGUCAACAAAAAGUAAUUUGCGUGUUUGUGUGCCCAAAUGGCAAUGGCAGCAGCGGGUGUCAAUCGCCAAACUCUCACUCUCACUGACAGUGCUGCUGCUGCUGCUGCUGCUGCUACAACGACUGCCUAUGGGCGACAGCAGCUACCAGUAUUCCUGGUGUGAUUCGAAUUUAUGCGAGAAAGGUGUGCGACAUUUGGCCUGCCGCAAUAAUGGCAACUUCGCCAAGCGCUGCGCCGCCGACGCCAUUGAGCUAGACAUCUCCGACUAUAAGGAUCAGUUUGUGCACGAACAUAAUAAGCGUAGAAAUUUCCUAGCGCUCGGCCUUUUGCCUGGCUACUUUCCCGCUUCUCGCAUGGCUACUAUGGUUUGGGAUGAUGAGCUGCAAUUUUUGGCAUCACUAAAUCUACGCACCUGCAUACUGGAUCAUGAUUCAUGCCAUACAACCUACCGUUUUCAGUAUUCCGGUCAAAAUCUAUGCGGUGUUGUACGCGAUCGCAAUCCGAAUGUGAAUGUGAGUGGUAUUAUCGAGGAAGUGAUGGGACUGUGGUUCGAUGAAUAUCCACUCAUCGACAGCAGUUAUAUACGGAGAUUCCGGGUCACAAAAUAUUUUGAGCAGUAUGGUCACUUCGCGGAGUUCGUUGUGGAUCGUAAUACACAUGUCGGCUGUGCUGUGAUCCGUUACACUAAUCCUGAUUUCCCAUUACAUCACAUCUAUAACAUGGCCUGCAAUUAUGCAAGCAAAUAUGCUUUGGGUAUUCCGGUUUAUCGGGUGGGCACACCAGCUUCAGAGUGUAAAAAAGGCAAAAACCGUUACUAUCCGGGCUUAUGCUCUCCUAAAGAGAUAUAUAAUCCUCACUAUGAAUAA